AUGCCUUUAGGAAUACGACCGAUGAGCCUUAUCAGGAUGUCCAAGAAGGAUAUAGACAGAGGCUGGGCGUGGGUGGUGCUAGCAGCAGCUGGUACUAGUAUGGGUAUAUGUUCCAUGGCCACCGCGUCCAUUGGAAUUUUCCAAGUGGAGUUCCUACAGUCUUUCAAAGAAUCCAGAAGAAUGAUCUCCUUGAUCUGUUCCCUCCACACUGGAUUUCAACUCUUUGUGGGUCCAGUAGCAAGUAUCAUCUGCAAUACGUUCUCCAUACGAACUGGUGCCAUGGUUGGUGCCUGUAUGUUAUCGUUUGGUUUUCUCUUGUCUUCCAUCUCGACAACCUUUAUGGAAUUACUGCUGUUUUAUGGUAUCAUCGCGGGCACAGGUUAUGGUAUAAUGUAUACUUCAAUAAGUGUGAUCACAAGCCACUACUUUCACGACAGGCGAUUAAUAGCAUGUGGCAUCACCUUCGCCACGCCAGGGGUGGGCUACAUCAGCGGUCCCACCCUGACACAGUACCUCAUUGACAAUAUCGGAUGGAGAUCGACGAUGGGCGUGUACAGUUGUAUGGUCGCACAAAUAUGCGUUCUCGGGGCUCUGUUCUUUCCCAUAGAUGAAAAUCCAAUAAACUGUUGCAGCAAUUCCUUAUUCAAAAAAUUUACCAAAGAAGACAAAUACCUACGUGAAGCCAACCAAGCGGCGAGCAUGCCGCUGACACGAUGCAUCAGUCCGAAAAGGAUCCUAGAAUUAAAAAGCCAGAGUCAUUUAGAAAUACCAAAGGUGAAUCAACAUAUUGUGCCAAUGUGUAACGGUGAAUCAAAAGCUGAUCUCAAUAACUCCAAUGACAGUCUUGCUCGAAGUGUGCACAAUCGUCACGUACUCGGUGAUAGAUCCCCAGCUCUUUCAUCUCGGAAGUUUUCCUCAAGGAACGGCAUAAACACUAGUCUGUACUCAGUGAAUUCCCACGCCACAAGCUUUUAUGAUCGUAAUCACCUGUCCAAUCGUUUCAUCACAAGCAUCAACACCAUCAAUUCCUUGUCGCAGCGUCAGUACGGUUCCACGAGCGUCAUGUGGCAGUCGCAUUGGAGUAUGCAAAACGUCGGGAACAUUCUAGCUAAAGAAGAAGCAGAAGAAGCCGGCGAAGACUUUGAAGACGAACCUAUAGAGCCUUCACGUUGUUCUCCGGACUUUUCAGUGAUAAAAAGUAAAGCUAUGUGGUGUUUAAGCAUCAGCCAGUUUCUCAUGAUGUGCGGAUACGGUGUUAACUUUAUUCAUUUCCCAUCCAUGGUCAUCGCCAACGGUAUCGAUAUUGAUAUAGUUCCUCGCUUUUAUAUGACUCAAGGAAUAUGUGUGAUCAUUGCCCGGCUUAUGGGUGGUCUUUUCUGUAGCAGCCCGGACAUCAAUAUCGUGGUGAUAUACUUUGGCUGUCAGCUUUUGCUUGGUGUUGCCGUGUUUUUUGUGCCAUUUUUAGGUGGCAAAGUAUGGGCGUACCAUGUCUUCCUUGUCGCCUUUGCCAUGUAUUACGGUGGAGCAUACGUGAAUUUAACACAAAUGUUGGUAAAAAUACUGGGAUUACGCCAUCUUGCCACUGGAUUUGGUAUUCAGAUGAUGAUGGCUGGCACGGCAUUUUUCUUAACACCGACGCUUGCAGGGUGGAUGUAUGAUAUAACCGGUUCAUAUGAUUUUGCAUACCACUGCGCAGGGGGCGUAAUAUUUGGUGGAGCCUUCUUCGUGUUAUGUAUCCCUAUCUUCGAACCCAACGCGUUCGUCAUGGAAGAUCCUCCUCUGGAAGACGUGAUAAUCGAGAUCGAAGAGGUCAACCAGAACGGUAUAGAGACCAAGGAGAAAGAGUUGGAAAUUAAUGAUGAAAAAGAGUUGGAAAUUAAUGAUGAAAAAGAGUUGGACAUUAAUGACAAGAAAGAGUUGGAAAUUAAUGACAAGAAAGAGUUGGAAAUUAAUGACAGGAAAGAGUUGGACAUUAUUGGCAAGAAAGAGUUGGACAUUAAUGACAAGAAAGAGUUGGAAGUUCGUGAUACGAAAGAGUUUGAAAUUAAUGACAAGAAAGAGUUGGAAAUACAUGACAGGAAAGAGUCGGACAUUAAUAAUGAGAAAGAGUUGGAAAUUAAUGAUACGAAAGAGUUCGAAAUUAACAGUAGGAAAGAUUUUGAAAUUAAUAACAGGAAAGAGUUUGAAAUUAAUAACAGGAAAGAGUCGAAAAUUAUUGAAAAUAUUGAGGAAUAG